AACAAACAUUGUUUCAAUAGAGAAGAAGCCAGAGGAACUGAUGGUUUCGUAUUUGAAUAACGAGCCAAAGAAAGCAAGCAAUGACCCAACUAUGGCUCUUGCUACAGCACGGCAUGAGUUGGGUGAGCGCAGUGGCAUCAACAUGUCAAUUGAAGCCUCAGCCACCUUCACAGUCAUGGAGCCAGUGACCAUGCGCAAAAUGUUUACCGGCCAGCUUGGCCCUGACCAAGGCUACUUCAUCUAUAGCCGUCACUUCAAUCCAACCGUCUUAAAUCUCAGCCGUCAAAUCGCAGCCUUAGAAGGAACGGAGGCAGCAUACUGCACAGCAAGCGGCAUGGCAGCAAUCUCGACGGUCCUGAUGCAAUUAUGCAGUACUGGAGGACACGUGGUUGCAUCCUGUUGUUUGUAUGGUGGGACACAUGCAUUGUUGAAUCAUUUCCUUCCUAGGGUUUGUAACAUAACAACCACAUUUGUGGACGUGAGAGAUCAUGAGAUGGUGAAGGAAGCUAUUGUGGAGGGAAGGACUAAUGUGCUUUACGUGGAAUCAAUGUCCAAUCCUACUUUGACAGUUGCUAACUUGCCCGAGCUGUGCAGGAUAGCGCACGAUAAGGGGGUGAAGGUUGUGGUAGAUAACACCUUCACUCCCAUGGUACUGUCCCCUGCUAGGUUGGGUGCAGAUAUAGUAGUGCACAGCCUCACCAAAUAUAUCAGUGGUGGGGCCGAUGUUAUUGCUGGUGCAAUUUGUGGGCCAGUUAGCCUAGUGAAUUCCAUGAUGGAUCUUCAUCAAGGGGCACUGAUGCUUCUUGGUCCAACCAUGAAUGCUAAGGUUGCGUUCGAGCUCUCCGAAAGAAUUCCCCACCUAGGCCUAAGAAUGAAGGAACAUUGCCGGCGAGCAAUGGUCUAUGCUACAAGGAUGAAGAAAUUGGGGCUCAAGGUUAUUUACCCAGGCCUUGAAGAACACCCAGACCACACUCUUUUCAAGUCAAUGGCAAAUGAGAAUUAUGGGUUUGGUGGAAUCUUAUGUUUAGACAUGGAGACGGAGGAGAAGGCAAACCAGUUGAUGGGUCAUCUGCAAAACAGCACCCAUUUCGGUUUAAUGGCUGUUAGCUUGGGCUACUAUGAGACCCUUAUGUCAUGCUCUGGAAGUAGUACUAGUAGCGAAAUGAACGCAGAGGAAAAGAAGAUGGCAGGAAUCUCACCGGGGUUAACAAGGAUGUCCAUCGGAUACAGUGGGACUCUUGAGCAGAAAUGGAGCCAAUUUGAGAAGGCACUUGCAGGAAUCAAAGACUGUGGUUUAUCCAAGAACUGAAUAUAAAGCUUUUCCUGAGUUCAUGUGUUGAUGUAAUCAAUUUGAUAUGCAUAAUGGGAAUGAGGUUCAUCAUCUUCAGUGAACUUUCUACUUUUUGUAUUAAAUAAAUAUUUCUUAUCCCUUAUGAAUUGUUAUAUAAAGGAUUGAAGCUUAACUGUAAUGCGUCAAAGAUUUGUAUCCAU